ACAAGUGGCAUGUUCCGUUUAGGCGAGGAGCGAAAGUGCAAUAAAAGUUGUGGCACUUCCUCAAAAGCAGGUGGAGGGGCAUCCUCGAAUCAUAAGACGCAAAAAGAGAUUGAAACAGUCGCUCUUGGUGGAGCACGCCGUGUCCAGGAAAUAGAGACUAUUGUCCGUGCAUGGCGACUCAGCGCUCCACCGGCUCCGGGCUCCAAUGCGACGACACAGGGCAAUGCUCCACCACUGCUAGAACUCUUGGGUCGGCGUGAGCUGUGCGUUGGUCUUCUGGAAUUGUUACUCAGUGAGGAGAGUGGAAUCCUACCCUCUUGGCGUGCAGCCACUGCCUCUAGUGGACAACAACAACAACAACAACAACAAGCGCUUCUAAAUAUCAAGAGUCGUCUCGAGAACAUCAAGACUUCUCCCGACAAGGUGAAGAAUAAGUCGUCUACAUCCACCACGUUUCUUCUUGGGGAGCUGUUGAAGCAUGUGUGGACCGAGUUCCCUCUGCCGGCUGAUGCGCCACCGGGUGUCAGUCGCGUGUUGUACAAAAACAAGGCGGAUUCUAUCAACUUGCGUCUAGCGCGUCUCUUUUUGCGGACCGGCGUAGCUGGACCAGUGGCUGAUCGAGUCGUUUCGUAUUUGGAGAAUUUUCUAGCUAAAUCCCUGUUGAAGGAUCAGAUUAGUGGAAAUACGACCUUGAACAACUUCUUGGGAGGUGGAACAAGCGGCCAUGGGACAACUGGAAGCCAUGGAACAACUGGAAGCACUUCGGGUUGUUCUUCGUCGUCAGGAACAAAC